AUGGACCGUCUCUUCAGAGCUCAGUACGCAUCCAGGACAGCCUCCUCUGCAGAGGAGGAAGCCAUCGUGCGCUCCCUGCACGCUUCCCUGCGCCGCGAGCUGGCUCCCAGACACCAUGUCUGCGUCCAGAUCUCUGGUUUGUAUUCCAAGAGGGAGAAACUGAGGCACAGGGUGGCUGAGAUCUCACAGAGAUUUCUGGAGAAGACCAUGAGGUUUGUGGCUCCCCAGUGUAUGGCUGAAUGGGAGCUGGCCCUGAAGUCUUUGGGAAGUGAGGGGCUGUUUCUCUUUUCUUCUCUGGAUACAAACAAUGAUCUGUACCUCAGUCCGGAAGAGUUCAAGCCGAUAGCAGAGAAGCUGACAGGGGUUGCUCCCAUCUCAGAAUUUGAAGAGGAGGAGACGCCUGAUCCUAGUGGGGAGACAUUGUCCAUUGUGGCUAAAUUCCAGCCUUUGGUCAUGGAAACGAUGACAAAGAGCAAAGACGGUUUCUUGGGAAUUUCUCAUGUGGCUCUGUCUGGGCUGAGGAAUUGGACUGCCCCAGCAGCCCCUAUGAGCAUGAUGCCUGCCAGACAAUUUAAAGCCUUUCUUCCUCCAAAGAAUAAACUGGAUCUGGGGGAUCCGUGGUGGAUAAUUCCUAGUGAAUUGAACAUCUUCACUGGGUAUCUUUCCAACAACAGAUUUUACCCUCCUCCUCCCAAAGGCAAAGAGAUCAUAAUCCACAGGCUUUUGAGCAUGUUCCACCCACGCCCCUUUGUAAAAACCCGCUUUGCUCCCCAGGGAGCUGUGGCCUGCAUCCAAGCCAUCAGCACUUUUUACUACACCAUAGCGUUCAGGAUCCAUGCUGAGUUCCAGCUGAAUGAGCCACCAGACUUCCCCUUCUGGUUUUCCCCAGGCCAGUUCACAGGUCACAUAAUCCUCUCCAAGGAUUCUUCCCACGUCCGAGAGUUUAAGCUAUUUGUCCCUAACAACAGGUCUCUGAACGUUGAUAUGGAGUGGCUGUAUGGGGCGAGUGAAAGCAGCAACAUGGAAGUGGAUAUCGGUUACCUGCCUCAGAUGGAGCUGGAAUCGACAGGGCCUUCAAUCCCCUCUGUGAUCCAUGACGAGAACGGAAAUGUGAUUGACAGCAGGGAUCCCUCAGGAGAGCCGAUUCAGUUUGUGUUUGAAGAGAUAACCUGGCAGCAGGAAAUCCCCUGGGAAGAGGCAGCCCAGAAGCUGGAAGUGGCCAUGUAUCCAUUUAAGAAGGUCUCCUAUCUUCCCUUCACACAAGCUUUUGAGAGAGCAAAAGCAGAAAAGAAGCUGGUGCACUCGAUCUUGCUGUGGGGUGCCCUGGACGACCAGUCCUGCUGAGGUUCGGGGCGAACUCUCCGGGAGACUGUCCUGGAAAGUUCGCCCAUCCUCACACUGCUAAACGAGAGCUUCAUUAGCAGCUGGUCGCUGGUGAAGGAGCUGGAAGAGCUGCAGACCAACAGAGAGAACGAGUUCUACAGCAAGCUGGCUGACCUGCACCUGGAGAAAUACAACUUUCCCGUGGAGAUGAUCAUCUGCCUCCCCAACGGCACGGUGAUUCACCAUAUCAAUGCCAACUACUUCCUGGACAUUACUUCAAUGAAGCCCGAAGAUGUUGAAAGUAGCAUCUUCAGUUUCUCAACCAAUUUUGAAGACCCUUCUACUGCAACUUACCUCCAGUUUUUGAAGGAAGGACUGCAAAGAGCAAAACCAUACAUGCAGACCUAAAAACGAAGCCACCUGAAUGCCCCACAGAGACGGCCAAAGCCUUCAGAGAUCUAUUUUGGUUACAGCAAUUCUUCCUCACCUUCAUGGCAGCCGUUGAUGUUAAGAUGCAGACAGUCCCAGGAGUGGGGCUUUGCUCUGGGUGCUGGUUGGAGGCUGUUUCAAGUGAUACCAGUUUACGUAACCUGCCCUUUUGAGUUCAGGCAAAUUUUUACAGGAAUGAAAAUACUUGAAUCUAUAAACAUUCUUGGUGCCACUCACCCUCAUGUUUUUCCAGCUCCUGUUCAGACUCUGUGGUGAAACUCGUGGAACAGCUAUACCAAGCGUCACCCGGAAACCCCUCAUCUCAAGGACUGGACUGUGCGUUGACUCCCGGAAAACAGCAUUACCGUUACGACCGAACACUCGUGGUGAGCGCCUGUGCCCAGUGGGCAAAGGUGCAGAAUCCAGCACGGGUGGGAAGCUCCUUCCUGGUAGCCGGUGUCCUCCACACCUCGCCAGCGGCAGCUCUGAGCUGUAAGCUGCCCUGUGGCUUGGAUGCCAGCCCUUCACGAUGGCAUUUAUUGACAGCAGUGGCGUAGCGGGGCUGUAGCUGUGUUGAGAAGGCAUAGACAUGAAGUGGGAGGUUCAAACUGGAGGCUCAAGCUCUGGGGUAGCCCCCUCCCAGCACCCCGUGUGAUGUGGUGGGAGAGCGGUCUCACUUUUUCAGGUUCUUUGCAUCUGAGGGAGGCGCUGAGGUUGACACAGUGAAAUUAGGAAUGGAGAUGAGGGCGUUAGAGGUAUGAGCUCAGCUCAGAGAUGUCAGGCAUGGAUUGACUUGGGUGGGGGUUGGGGGCCAGAGUCCCUGUUAGUUCCACCAGCGCAGGACAUGCACACUGGGCUACGGGACACGGUACUGAGCCGUGCCCCCACCCCAUUCAGCCCAGGGCCCCACCAGCUUCCAGAGCUUUGUUCUCCCAGUGUCUCCUCGGAGCUGGUGACAUGCUCUGUCCUGGUUUGCUUUGAGCUUCCAAGUCACUGAAUGGUGAACCGUGAUGAAGUUCCCUUUGGGAAUGGGAGGUUCAGCAUGGCCCCGAGAGCCGUAACUGGUUGAGAACAGAGCAGUUUUAAAAGCCAGCAGUACUAAAAUUUUAAGGAGAUUUUUUCCAAAGAAAUUGUUUGGACAGAACACCAUCGUCCCUUACCUGUAACCACCCUGAGCAGUUGGUCCUACUCUGCGCCAGUGCCUGGCUACAGAGUGAGCAUAAUUUGGAGAAGGAAAAGGUUAAUCGGAACGGGUUUUAAAGCGUAUUCCUGUAGGUAGGUGAGGAGACAAAGCAUCUUCAAUAGCUGUGGCUGUUGAUGCUUUCUCUGCUCUCUGAAGCACAAUUCUGUCGGAC